UAAAGAAUUUAAGUAUGGCAAGUUAAAGACGACAGAUUUAUAUUACCAAAUACGUAUGAUAUAUUUUCCUCUUGUUCGGCGGUCUAUCUCCCUUUCCUGUUAUGCGAUAAGAGUGAUAUUAUCACAGACAAAAUGGGUAUUUUUUCACUACCCGUUUUGGCAUUGAUAGCCAUUGUGGGUGUGGUGAUCAAGGCAGUCCUGUACUUCACUGCAAAAUCUCCAUCUAAGAAUCCAUUCAAGGAACCUAUACAGACACCAGUAAAGCCAAAAGUCAUUGACCAGAAGACUCGAGAUGCCGUUCUCAAGCAAGGCUUUAGUAAGGACAAAGUGCCAGCAGACUUAGAUGCCAUAGUUGUGGGCAGUGGUAUUGGAGGAAUGUCUACAGCAGCCAUUAUGGCCAAAGCAGGAAAGCGAGUGUUGGUUUUGGAGCAGCAUGACCAGGCUGGAGGUUGCUGUCACACCUUCAUUGACAAGAACUAUGAAUUUGAUGUAGGUAUCCACUACAUCGGUGAAAUGCAAUAUCAGUCCAUUAGUAAGACUUAUUUCGACCAAAUCACAGAUGGACAAGUGGAAUGGGAACCUCUAGAUGAAACCUAUGACGAGGUCAUUUUCGCUGAACGAGAAAAGCCAGUUCGUAAAUAUCCAGUAAGAAGUGGCAAAGGGAACUGGUCUUCUGACCUCAAAAAGCUUUUCCCAUCAGAGGAGGCCAAUAUUGAUAAAUUUUUUGCCUUGUUGGAAGAAAUCCGUGGAGGCAAUUCUAAAUCAAUUAUAGUGAAGGUGCUUCCACUCUGGCUUGUGUCGUUUCUAAAUACUACAGGCCUUCUUAGUUACAUUACUGAUUUUUAUGACUGGAAUGCAAAAUCUUGUAAGGAGGUUGUGUAUGGAAUAACAGAAAACCAGGAGCUCCGGGACAUUUUUUGCUAUUGCUUUGGAGACUUUGGUACCCCUCCAAGCAAAGCAGGCUUCCCAAUGCAAACUCUGCUCCAUACCCACUUUCAGAAAGGUGCUGCAUAUCCCAUUGGAGGAGCAUCAGAGAUUGCUUUUAACAUCAUUCCAGUUAUUGAGGCUGCAGGAGGCAAAGUGCUUGUGCGAGCUGAAGUCACUCAAAUACUUCUAGAUCAUAAAGGGGCAGUGCGUGGUGUUCAAGUGAAAAAAGGAAAAGAGACUUAUGAUGUUCAGGCUCCGUUGGUGAUAUCAGCAGCAGGACUCUACAACACAUAUGAUCGUCUGCUGCCUUUGAACAUAGCUUCAUCAUCAAGGAUAUGGCCAGUAUUGCAGGACCUUGAACAUGGGCCAGGGGCUAUGUCUGUCUUUGUGGGCCUGGACUGCUCUGCUGAAGAACUUGAUAUUAUUCACAAAAAGAAUGCUUGGGUGUUCACUGGCAAUGAUAUAGAUAAGCUCACCCUGAAUUACUUAAGUCUCACUCGGGAAGAAGCAUUGGAUGCUGAUAUACCUCUUCUGUUCAUCUCCUUCCCUUCAACUAAGGACCCAGAAUGGGAUAAAAAGUACAAAGGUAAAACAACCAUGGCAAUUGUUACCCUGAUGCCAUAUCACUGGCUCGAACAUUGGAAAGAUGAGCGGGUGAUGAAGCGAGGAGAUGAAUAUGAGGGCAUCAAGAAGAUCUUUGGACACAAGGCAGUUGAGCAGGCUUGCCAGAUUUUCCCAUCAAUCAGGGACCACAUUGACUAUGUGAACAUCGGAACUCCACUGUCAAAUCAACACUAUCUUGGUGCCCCUCGAGGAGAGAUCUAUGGUCUGGAUCAUACUCGGGAGAGAUUUUCAGCAUGGGCCAAUGCUGUGCUCAGGCCUAAAACUGACAUACCUGGACUCUUUAUAUCAGGACAAGACAUCUGCUCCUGUGGCUUUUCAGGUGCCCUUUGGGGAGGUCUUCUCUGUGCUUCUGCAGCACUAGAACGCAAUGUGUUCAAUGACCUUGCAGAUGUCCACAAAAGGGGGAAAGCAUUGAAGAAGUCAAACUAACAGCAGAAAGGGGAUUUCCCUCUUUGCUUUUCUUUGGCACUAAGUAUUUGAAUAUCAUAUUAGUUGAUAUUGUAUGUAAAAUCUAGGUUUGAAUUCAUCAAAAUUCAUGCUGAAUAAAAAAAAAUAAAAAAAAAACAGCAUAAAGGAAGGAGACAAGAACAGUAUGGCAUAUGCAUCUUUUUUCCUGUUCUUCAAUGCAUUACUGUUUGCACUAGUGAAUUCGGUGAAGUUUAAUAUAUGGUGCUAUUAAUAGUUGUUAAAAAAAUAUAUAUUUUUGGACAACAGUGCAAGCUGGACCUUCAAGCACAGCAUGAUUGAGGAGAGGUGAAUGUUUUUCUGUGGUCUUGCAAGGAGGAAUGACCCAAGCCUGGGACAUAUAUUCUUUUUAAUUCCUCUGGUAGGUUGAAUCCAUUUUACCCUUUCUUGGUUUGUGAAUAGAAUUGAAUGAGUAUGUCAAAAUCAAAUAACUGACUUUGGCAUUUUUAUAUGAAAUAUGAUUUUUCAAUCUUUUAUAUGGUUACAUUCAUGUUUACAGCUAAUGAAAGAGCAGAGCAUAUAAACCCCUUUUUUUAUUGGAGGAGGAGGAUGUCACUUAAGAAAAUGUGUAUGUAUGUAUGAUCUAGAGAUUCAUUGUAAUACUUUUAAGUAAAAAAGUUAUUGAUACCACACUAGUACAUAAUACAUGGUCAGAAGCCAGUUUCCACAUAACUGCACUAAACAAGUUAAAUUUCAUUAAUAGGAAAGAUAUUUAAAGAUUCUGCUCAGAAAUAAAGAAUUUCUGAAUUGAAAGAAAAGGAAAAUGCCUAGAUAUUAAAUCUGACUUUGAAUACCAUUAAAAUAGGUGUAAAUGGUUUAGUGUAAGAUUGACUCAAAUUUUGAUUGCUAGUUGUAGAAUCUUGUCCUACUGUUCUCCAAAUGCUAGUGUGAGUGCAUUUCAGAUGUUUUGGCUAUUUUCAGUUGUUUGUUUGUUUUACAUUUAUUAACUAAUACUGUGAAAUCAGUAACAUUGUAAUUGUUUUCCUUACUAAAGAAUGUAUGUAUGUAUGUGUAUAUAUAUAUUAUUAAACAGAUAACUUCA